AUGGCCGAGGCUAAGAGUGCCCCCGUUAACCCGAUGAAGGAGCUUCGCAUCGAGAAGCUCGUCAUCAACAUCUCGGUCGGAGAGUCUGGUGACCGUCUUACUCGUGCCGCCAAGGUGCUCGAGCAGCUCACUGGUCAGACCCCCGUGACCUCGAAGGCCCGCUACACCGUCCGUUCGUUCUCGAUCCGUCGUAACGAGAAGAUCGCCGUCCACGUCACCAUCCGUGGCCCCAAGGCCGAGGAGGUCCUUGAGCGCGCCCUCAAGGUCAAGGAGUACGAGCUCCGCCGCCGCAACUUCUCCGAGACUGGCAACUUCGGCUUCGGUAUCGACGAGCACAUUGACCUCGGUAUCAAGUACGACCCCGGAAUCGGUAUCUUCGGCAUGGACUUCUUCGUCGUCAUGGGCCGCCCUGGUCUCCGUGUCACCCGCCGCAAGCAGAAGGUCGGACGCGUCGGUGCCGGCCACAAGGUCCGCCCCGAGCAGACCGUCGCCUGGUUCAAGCAGCGUUUCGACGGCAUUGUUUCCCGUUAA